AUGGAGGAAACCCACGAAGGAAUCUGUGGUACACACAUCGGUGGACGAAGCCUCGCAACAAAAGUGCUAAGGGCAGGGUACUAUUGGCUAACGCUGAGAAAAGACUGCCUUGAAAACGGAAAUGCAACAGCUGCCAAAGGCACUAAGAAGAAAGUGGCAAUUGUCAAAGGACAGUGGGCGGAACUCAUACCCGAGAUUCUAUGGGGUUACAACACAACCCCACAAAGCUUGACUAAGGAAACACCCUUCAGGCUCAUGUUCGGAUCAGAUGCCAUGAUCCCGGUCAAAAUAUCUCAAGGAUCAAUCCGAACAAUUCACCUCGAUGAAGAUACAAACGAAGAGACAAGAAGAUCUGAGCUAGAUACCCUGGAAGAAACAAGAGAAGAGUCAAGGGCGGGAUCAGAAGCUAUCCAGCUGAUGAUCCAACGCAAGUAUAACAAAAAGGUCAGACCUCGGACAUUCCGAGAGGGAGACCUCGUCCUUAGGCGACUUGAAGACGUAAGAAAACCAAAAGGGGAGGGUAAGCUCGCAACCAACUGGGAAGGCCCUUUCCGAGUGACACGGGUCCUUGGCCGCGGAGCAUAUUCACUACAAACUUUAGACGGAGCAGACCUACCUAACACUUGGAAUAUUACUUCAUUAUGA